UAAUUAAUGCGUACAUGAGGGAAUUUUUUUUUGAAGACUAUCUAUAUCUCCUCUCGUUAAAUCCACAACGACAUUUUUCUCCUAUAAAUGUGACUUGAGCAGAAGGCCUAUAGUGCACCACAUAAAACAUAUAAGCUCAAACUUCUUUGUCCAUUCUCUGUCAUUCAUUUAGCUUUCUGAUUUUACCAGCUAUAAAUUAUCCUCACAUUACUAGUGAAAUUUUUUCGCAUUUAACCUCUCAAUGUGGAUGUGAAUGUAAGUCAUAUGCUAUAAUCGAACCACCUAAAUCUUUGCAUCCAUCAUAACAAAAAAUAAACAUUUCUGAUUUGUUGUCAAUAUAAGCAGUUCAAGACUUUCUUUUCCGUAAAAACGAAGAAUACAAAUCUCCAAAGCACAUAUAUACAGAAAAUAUAGGAGCAAUGGGAUCGUUGGGAGUAGAGAAUGUGACUAAAAGCAAGGUGCUGAUAGUAGGGGGAACAGGAUACUUGGGGAAGAGGUUGGCGAAGGCAAGUCUAGAACAAGGUCACGAAACCUACAUUCUUCAUCGUCCUGAGAUAGGUUUUGAGAUUGAAAAAAUCGAAAUGCUCUUGUCAUUCAAGGCACAAGGCGCUCACCUCGUACCGGGUUCGUUUAAUGAUUUCCAGAGCUUAGUUGAUGCUUGCAAAUUAGUUGACGUUGUCAUUUGCGCAAUUGCGGGUGUUCAUGUCCGAUCCCAUCAGAUUUUGCUUCAGCUCGAGCUGGUGAAAGCCAUCCAAGAGGCUGGAAAUGUCAAGAGAUUUAUACCAUCGGAGUUUGGCACGGACCCGGCAAGGAUGGGGGAAGUAAUGGAAGAAGGGCGUGCGACAUUUGAAGAUAAAAUGGUGAUAAGGAAAGCCAUUGAAGAAGCUGGCAUCCCUUUUACCUACGUUUCUGCCAAUUGCUUGGCAAGUUACUUUGUUGGUGGUCUAUGCCAACCCGGGAUAAUCCUCCCUUACGCGGAUUCUGUACUCAUUCUUGGUGAUGGCAACCAAAAAGCAAUAUAUGUCGCUGAAGAUGAUGUAGCUACAUACACAAUCAAAGCCAUAGGUGAUCCAAGGACACUCAACAAGACACUCUACUUGAGGCCUUCUCGCAACAUCCUUUCACAAAGGGAGGUGGUUCAAUUGUGGGAGAAAUUAAUCGGGAAACAGCUAGCCAAGGACUUGAUCUCUAAAGAACAAUUUCUAUCAAUCAUGAAAGGACUAGGCUAUGGAGAGCAAGUUGGAGCAGCACGUUACUAUCACAUUUUCUACGAGGGAUGCCUUGCCAAUUUUGAGAUCGCAGAAAAUGGUGAAGAAGCUUCAGAACUGUAUCCCGAUGUUAAGUACACGACUGUGGAAGACUACCUCAAACGAUAUCUUUGAUCAUUGAAACAUCUAACGUUUUUGGGUGUGUAUUUUGAUGAAAUCUAAUGUUGGUUCUUUUAAUUUGGCACCCCAAAAUAGGGUGACGGAUCUUGUGUGAUUAAUUGGUUAUCCAUUAGUUAUCAUGUUUUGAUAUUUUGAUGAAAUGAAAUAAGUUGCUCCUUCAGACUGGCUUUUUCAUUUUUAUGACUCGAUAAAUCAUGA